AUAUGGAAAAUAUCCUACUAGGAAUCUGGUGAUGGAGCUUCUUCAAGAACGGGACGCGGACACAAUCACUGUUUCUUCGGAUAAAAGUGUUUUUUUGGAUGCAUCAGAUUCAAGUGGUGUUGAGGAUGGAGUGCUUGAUGAUUUGGAAUUAAAUCCGUUUGACGGUUUGCCUUACUCAUCGCGUUUUUAUGAACUGCUCAAACAAAGAGAAAACCUUCCCAUAUGGAAAAUCAAAAAUGCCUUUGUGGAAACAUUACUUAAUAAUCAAAUUGUGAUUGUAUCUGCCGGAGCAAAAAGCGGAAAGAGUUCACAAAUCCCUCAGUGGUGUGCAGAAUAUUGCCUAUCAGUGCACUAUCAGCAUGGGACCGUAGCCUGUACGCAGGUACAGAAACAGACCUCAGUAUGGCUGGCCAUGAGAGUCGCAGAUGAAAUGGAUGUCAAUAUUGGACAUGAAGUUGGCUAUGUUGUGCCUUUUGAGAGCUGUUGUACAAACGAGACAAUCUUAAGGUAUUGUACUGAUGAAAUGCUGCUCAGAGAAAUGAUGUCCAAUCCUCUUUUAUCCUACUAUGGAGUCGUUAUCAUUGAUGAUAUUUAUGAAAGAUCAAUCUCAACGGACAUUCUCCUUGGUUUCCUUAAAGAUAUCUUGGUCACCAGGCCUGAGCUGAAAGCUGUAAUAAUCACACCUCCUGAACUGUCCGGUAACUUAGUUUCCUACUAUGGAAAUGUUCCCCUUAUAGAAGUUCAAGACACGUGUUCUGUGGAAGUGGUCUACACAUCGGGCCUUCAAACUGACUAUUUCAUCUCUUCGAUAAGGCUUCUUUUUGAGAUUCAUCAUUCAAAACAGGAAGGAGAUAUUGUUGUUUUCCUGGCUUGUGAAAAAGAAAUAAAAAGAGCCUAUGAGAUGAUCAUGCAGGACCGGUUAAAUGUAAACUCUGAAUUUGGUGAAUUGGUCCCCAUUGCACUAUAUCCCCAUCAGACAUGCUCUGACUACAUUCCGUAUGAAGGACUGGAUCACAGUUUCAAAGAUAAUAAAAGAAGAGUUGUGUUGACAACGAGUCUAGGCGAGUCUUUGAUCUGGAUGAGCAAUAUCUACUUUAUCAUUGAUGUUGGAAUAGAAAGGAGAAAGGUUUACAAUACCCGGAUCCGGGCCGAGUCCCUGGUAACGCAGCCAAUCAGUAAGGUUCAAGCUGAUAUGAGGAAGCAGAUUGUGAGCUCAUGCUCUUCAGGAAAAAUGUUUUGUUUGUACCCAGAAGAGUUUGCUCAGAACAAGAUGAAAUCAUCGUUGACUGCAAAAGUAGAAGAGUCCAAUUUGACAUCAAUGGUUUUGUUCCUGAAGAGAAUGGACAUUGCGGGUUUAGGCCAGUGUGACUUUAUUAGCCGGCCAGAUCCUGAAAGUUUAAUGCAGGCGUUGGAGGACCUGGAUUAUCUAGCUGCACUUGACGAUGACGGAAAUCUUUCUGAAUUUGGAAUAAUUAUGUCUGAGUUCCCACUGGAUCCACAGCUGUCAAAGUCUAUUUUAGCCGCCUGCGAAUUUGACUGCGUUGAUGAAAUUCUGACACUGGCUGCCAUGGUGACAGCUCCAAACUGCUUUACAAAUCUAUCCCUGGAGGGAGAAGAACCAGUUUUGACUCGUAAAACAAAGUUUUUACACCCUGAAGGAGAUCACUUUACCCUUAUCAACAUCUACAAAGCAUAUGAAGAGUUGAAAAGAUCCAACGCCAGCCAGUAUGAUGUUGAAAAAUGGUGUCAAGAUUAUUACCUAAGCUUUCCGGCACUGGAGAUGGCCUGCGUCAUUCGAAGCGAACUGCUUGACGUUAUGAAACGGAUUGAGCUUCCAGUUUCAGAACCUGCUUUUGGCUCAGAGGACAACGUGUUGAACAUAAAAAAAUCCCUUUUAUCAGGAUACUUUAUGCAGAUUGCCCGUGAUGUGGAUGGCCUGGGAAACUAUAUCAUGUUAACACACAAGCAAGUGGGUCAACUACACCCCGAUUCUGGCUAUUGUAUAAAGCAAAGGAUUCCAGAGUGGGUUCUUUUCCAUGAAUUCAGCAUCUCAGACAGAAGCUGCAUUAGGAUUACAUCUGAAAUCUCCCCAGAUCUGUUCAUGCAGUUUGUUCCCCAAUAUUACUUCAGCAAUCUCCCCCCGACUGAGAGUAAGGAAAUUCUACAGAAGGCUUCAGAAAACCAGUCUACAGUCUUACCAUUACCACCAGACGAGGAACUUGAUGCAUACGAUAACAUUGCUGACAGCUCUGCAGAUCAAAGAUGCAUUAUACAGUGAUUGUGCCUUAAAAAAAAUACAUAAAACAAGUGCAAUAUCAUGUUCCAAGACAAGAGACUUUAAUGAGUUGUACAUUUCCAAAAGAUUCAAUGAGCAUCAGGUACUUGUUUUACAAGGGUUCUGGAUUUCUAUUAUUUUUGUAUAAAGACUUUUU